AUGCAAAAUGGAAGAAUAUAUGAGCCUUCAAAAAAAGGUCCUAUCUCAGGUACGGAAGAGGAUUUGGCCGUCCAAACACGAGCCAUGAGAGAGGCAGAAGAAACAUGUCAGAAAAGAGAAGAGUCAGACGAUGAAGCUAAGGAGUCUGACGAAAAUAAAUCCAUGACAGAAGAGGACAAUGGAAACAAAGCAGAAGAUGAUUGGAGGACUCCAAUCCAUGAUUACCUUGACAAAGGUAUAUUACCAGCUGACGUCAAAGAAUCCAGGAAGAUCGAAUCAAAGGCAACAAUGUAUAGCCUACGUGAUGGAGUACUGUAUAAAAGUUCAUUUCUCGGAACUCUAUUACGGUUCCUCUCACGAACAGAAGGAAGAAGAAUACUCCAUGACAUACACAGCGGAGAAGUCGGAAACCACGGAGGAAGAAGAUCCUUGGCGGUUAAGGCCAAAAUGGAAGGAUAUUAUUGGCUAAGCAUGGAUGAAGAUGCAAAAAACGUGGCUAAACAGUGUGAAAGGUGUCAGCGUUUCGUUAAGAAGAUCAGGGCACCAGCAACGGAGCUUAACUCAAUUAUUAGCCCUUGGCCAUUCACCAAAUGA